GAAAAAGUAGCCGCGAUUGUGUCAGAGCACUUAGCUGUAAUUUAUUUGAGAUUAGUGUGAUAAGGCCAGGGUUCGAUUCUGCGCACUAUAUAAACGUGUUAAACUCUUACAGGGACAGACGGCAGCCUGCUGAGCGAUCACUGCAAACUCUUAAGAUGCCAGUGCCAGCUUUCUCUUUUCUUCUCCUAUAUUUCUUGAUCAACGUCUUCUCUCCUGCUCAAAGCUACCUUCUGACCCACUGUGAACCUGUUAAUGAGACGGUUUCUGUAGAGAAAGAUGGCUGCCCCAAAUGCCUUGUGUUUCAAACCUCCAUCUGCAGUGGACACUGCUUCACCAAGGAACCCGUGUACAAGAGCCCAUUCUCUUCCAUCUAUCAGCAUGUCUGCACCUACAGAGAUGUCCGCUAUGAAACGGUUCGCCUGCCGGAUUGUCACCCAGGGGUCGAUCCCCAUGUCACGUAUCCUGUCGCUUUAAGCUGCGAGUGCAGCCUGUGCACCAUGGACACCUCGGACUGUACCAUCGAGAGCCUGAAGCCAGAUUUCUGUAUGACCCAGAAAGAGUUUAUCCUGGAUUACUGAACCUCUGCUAAAGUGUAUGCAGAAUGAAUCAUUUACUCUAAGAAUGAUCAGAUUCAGACCUUGUUGUAAGAACUGCUUGCAAAAUACAACACACAAAAUGACUUAAGAA